UGUAUCUCUAUUAUACCAACAAAUUUUUGCUGGAUUAAAAUAAAUUACCAUAUAUUAUUCGGAGACCCUGUUCCUCUAUCUAUACAUACAAACACAGUGACGCACACAUAUACUCACACAUACAUACAAACACAUGGCUUUAAAUCAGCCCCAAUAUCGUCUGAAGUGGAACAGCUUCAACCAGAAUCUGUCGGAAGUGUUUCAAAAUAUGCUGAUCCACGAAAACCUGUGCGACUGUACCAUUGCCUGCGACGGUGCCAGCAUUAAGGCCCAUAAGAUGGUAUUGGCCGCCAGCAGUCCCUACUUUUACAAUCUGUUUGUAGCCAAUCCGUGCAAACAUCCCAUUGUCAUACUCAAGGACGUGAUAUUUGCCGAUCUCAAGUCAAUCAUCGAUUUUAUCUAUACGGGUGAAGUGAACGUACCUCAGGAUCAGCUCAGCUCACUGUUGAAGACGGCAGAGACGCUUCGUAUUAAAGGUCUGACAGAGGUUAGGGACAAACAGGACUCGUCGCCCAUUAGAAGUGGUGGUAGUAAUAGUAGUGUCGGUGUUAAAGGCCAGGAAACGGUGCAAUCAAUGAUCGCUAGGAAUAGGCGACGAAAACGUAAAGCUAAUCCUAGUAUUAAUCACUACAACAACAAUAACAACAAUGACAGCAAUCAAAGCGUCAAAUUGUCUGACAAUUUAGAUAUUAGUGGUAACUUAACCAGCGAUGAGGAACUGGUGAUUAGCGGCAGUCAAAGCUUACUAGCGGUUACCGGUGCUAAUAGAAAUAAUAAUAAUAAUAAUAAUAAUAAUAUUAAUAUUAGUGGAAAUACAGUCAAAGCGGGUGUUAAUUAUAGCAAUUAUCGUAACAAACAAUUUAAAGUACAAAAGUUUAGUCCAAAGAUCAAUGAGAUUACUGUGAAAGUGGAGAACAGGGAUUCGUUAUGUAUGGAUGACAUCGAACCGAUCAAACUUCUGGAACAAUCCAUGUCUACACCAGAAGAUACAGGAGUUGAAUAUUCUGGCGCUAAUGAUAGCGAUUCAUCUAAAGCUAUCGUUCCCAUUGACCUACAAGAAGACGACGACGACGAUGACAAUGAACUUCAAGAGAUAUCAUUGAGCGAUGAAAAUCUCGACCAAAACGACCAGCAAAUUGUAAACGACUGGCCAGAGAUCGAUUCGACACAAAUCGGCAGAUUUAGGCCCUAUUCGAGCAGUUCAUUCACGACACCCCAAACCAUUGAAGAAUACGAGCGCCUAUUAGCACAAAUACAGGCCAACAAUAUGACUACCUGUCCGGUGUGUUGUAAGACAUUCCUGAAGAAGUCCAAACUGAUCCGUCACUAUCACACACACUUCAGUAACUUUAGGCCCAAGUUUUCGUGCGGUUCGUGCGGCAAACUGUUUACCACUCAGGACUGGUGCAAAAGGCAUGCAAUCAGCUGCCAGACCAAAGUGACUGUUGACAACAACAACAGCAAUACGGGAUCAACUGGUAUGGCCUAUGACUAACAUUCCACACCUACAUACAUACAUACAUACACAUACAUACACACCCUCCCAAUGAGGACUUUCAUGAGCUACAUGUGCAACAUUUUGGUACUAAUCAUUAAUUCAUUCAUUAAUUACCGUAAUUUUUCUCCCAUUAAUUGUUAGCGUAAUUAACAAAAUACAUAGCAAUAUAUACAAUGUAUACGUUUUCAAAAUGAA